UAAUUUCAGUUUCCUCGAAUGCUCCCUCCCGUUCCACGAGACGAGGUCGAUACUCGCAGGUACCCAGGUAGCACUUCCCCUCGACCCCACGUGCAACCACCACCACUACAUCAUCCUCCCGUCAACACGUCCAUCGACAGAUCCAUCGUCUGUGUCGCGUACCAAUAUCAACGCAAGCGCAUUACAAAAACGACUGCCGGCAUCAAAUCAUGUCGUUACGCUUCUGAGCAAAUCUAACACAUUAGUAGCCCACGCCCCCAAUCCUAAGGACCCCGACAACAACCGGACCCUUCUUUGUUCCAGACCAGACUGGUCACCAUGUUCCAAAGAAAAAUGCCAACCGCGUUGCGUUGCGCUACAUGCGGUCGAGUUAUCGGAACCCCCGGUAACACGCAUUAUAGUGGUGCGCGAUGUGAGAAACUAUGCAGCCCACCUUGCAAAGCUUAAAAAACAGAAACAUCCUGUUCGCCGAUUCGCUCGGGAUAUAACCGCCGCAUGCUGUCUACUGUGCAUAACACGCAAACAUGUUGCCAUCAUGACUGUUAAUCAUACACCGUCUUUUGCCUUAUGAAAAGAUUAUGGUUGCCGUGCAGGGACACGACAGCAGGCGACGACAAUGUGCGCAUCCCGCCCUCGCAUUUCUUCAAACUAGCGUUACUUGCUUGUUAUCUGUGUAUCCACCGCAUAUGCAGAGUCACUGCGUUUCUCCGAAAUCCCUCCUUCUUCUCCGGCUGGCUGGAUGGACUAAAUGCCGUUCGAUCGCUGGUUCGAUCGUUCGGGAACCGUCGGGGAACGUUGCGGGCGGGCGUGAUCGUAUGCCUUUUUUUUGCAAUCGCGGGGUGUGCCAGAAUCCCCCUAGCUUGGUCAGAGGACGCCACUCAGCACUUGGGAUGUCUUUCCUUAACCUUUCACUCACAUUGCCUUGUUUCCGGAUUGUUGGGAUGGGCGGGGUUUCUUGGGGAUGCUGGUGCCAGAUUAAGUUUGUGAUGAAUAGCUUUCGCUCCCAAGGGAUGGUUGGGUUGCGUAAUUCGUGGGUGCGAGGACCCUGAGAGGACCUAUUCUCUGCUGUGUAUCCGUGGUACACUGUGCUGUCGGAGAGAGAUGAAUAACACGCGUCCGAGUGGGGGUUUGACCGACAACUCCACUCCGUCCCACGAUGGCUUUUGUAUAGUGCAUGUUGGGGAAGCCGAUAGCAUUUUACGGCUCUUAU